UCAUCAUCAUCAUGGAGAUCAACCCCAACAAUAUUUCCUCAAGAACCGAAAGAAAACUCAUUGAGAGGAACAGGAGAUGUCAAAUGAAAAUUCUCUAUGACAAGCUCAAUUCUCUUAUCCCACAUUACAACUCUAGGGAAUCAACAUCAUCGCUUCCUGAUCAACUAGAAGAAGCGGCUAAGUACAUAAAAAGGUUACAAACAAACUUGGAGAGAAUGAAGCAGGAGAGAAGGCUUACUAGGAGCAAGCAGCAGCAGCAAUGGCUCGAAAUCACCUCGAGUCGCGAGAUUCAUGAAAUGGGUUCUUCUCUGGUGAUCGGUUUAACGACCGACCGCGAAAAACAGUUCGUUUUCAAGGAGAUGGUUCGAGUUCUACAUGAAGAAGGAGCUGACAUUGUUAAUGCCGGUUUCUCUGUUGUUGACGACACUGCUUUCCACACAAUACAUUUCACGGUAGGCAUGCAUGAUGGUCGUGCUGUCAUUUCUUUUCCGUACGUUGUGAAUCUUCAAUGUAGUAGGAGCCCGAGGUUGAAGCCAUCUUUCUCGGUUGAUAGAGAAAGUCCAAUUGAGUUCAAGGUCCAAUUUCCAAGUCUGGUUCAUAAAGCCAAGGUCCAAAAGGAAGCCCGUCUGCCUGACCUAGCAGAGGAGAACCCAAUUGAGAAUGCAGGACUGACCCUGCCUACAUACACAUUAGGAUUUCAGACUUUAGCAUUGGCUUCUCAUGGGGAAGACCAUUGGAUCAAGAUACCAAUGGAUUGCUAUGAUUCAUCAGGGAGAUUGAAAGAUAACAUUUUAGCUGAUGCAUUACCUAAAGGUGAGUAUGACAUGAGUGCAUCUUUUAAUGUUUCUGACUUAUCUCCGUUUGAUGUUUCAGAUAUGGACGAAUCUUUUUAA